AUAAGGACUUUCAUGUUAAUUUCCUCACUUAUGUUAACAAAAUUUAUUCAAAACUUAUUUCUAUGAAAAUUCAAAUUCAUAUUGUUUUUGAUAUUCAGGAAAGUGAACUUAUUACUCCUAAAAUAAUAGAAAGGAAUUUGAGAGAUUCUGGUGCUGUAGAUAUAACAAGAGAAAACAUAACAGAAACAGAUAUUUUACCCAGUAAUUUUGACACAUUUUUAAAAAAUAGAAGAAAUAAAAGACUUUUUGUGAAUUUCUUUGGUGAAACCAUUCUAAAAUUACACUCAAAUAAUCCUUCCUCUCCAAUUUCAAUGUUUGUUUCAGGUUGUUUUUCAGACCCCACUGAAUGUUUUUCUUGUUUUAAAGGUAAUGUUUCAAAAAAUGAUUUAUUUUCGUGUAAUAUAGAUGAAGGGGACUCAAGGAUUUGGUUUCACGUUUCAUUGUGUGAGGAGAAAGAUAUCCUCAUUUUUUCAAAAGAUACUGACUCUUUCAUGAUUGGCUUGCCUCAUAUUUCUAAUUUAAACAAAAACAUUUUUAUCAACAUAGGAGGGUCAAAAGCAAUAAGUGAGGUUUUUAUACAUAUGAAUAUUUUAUUUCAGAACAUUUCAAAUGAUUAUUCUCUACAGUCUAUGGAUGCAUCAGGUAUUGGGAGAACAAUCCAAACAGUUUUUAUAUCCAGUGGUUGUGAUUAUGUGAGUUCUUUCAAGGGUUUUUCAAAAUCAUUUGUUUUUGAAACUUUUUUCAAAAAUUGUGAUUUUAUUUGUGGCAAGGAUUCAGUUAAAGCCAACCUUGGGUCACUAUGUAAUACUUCAUGUGAAGAUUCUGAUUUAGGAUUCUUGGCAUUUAUGCGUUUAAUUGUCUUUUUUUUACUAGAUGUAAAUCAGCAUUUUACGAUUUAAUUUCAGAUGAAAAUCCAGUAUCUCUGUUUAAUCACCUUUGUAAACCCCAUAAUCCUCCUUUUGAUAAUCACACCACUUGGCUUAGUUUAAUUAGAGAAAAAAAUGCAAUGCGUGACUACAGGGAAAGAUGGCUGCCUACGGCAGAUGCUUUAGCUUUUCAUUGGAAGCGGUCUUGUUGGGUUUCCCAAGUUUGGUUUCAGUGUUUAAAUUCAGUAGUUUAUUAUCCUAGCUUAAAUGAUUGGGGUUGGUUAGUUGUGGAUGGAGAAGUUUCUAUUACUUGGGACUCUGCUGAAAAUAUGAAUAAGGUCAAUGAAACUGUUCUAUUUCUUUAGUGAAAGGUUGCUCUUGCAAAAAAGACCCAUUUUGUUCUGGUAAUUGUGGUUGCAAGAACAGACCUGGUGGAUGUGGACCUACUUGCCUCUGCAAGGGUGGGGUUAAUUGCAAAAAUCCAGUUAAUUUGACAAAAAUAAAGGAAGAUACAAAUGAUAAAUCACUAUUAGAAGAUGAAGAUAAUUCAGACUGUGAAAAUAAUAAUGAAAUGAAUGGACUCCUUUUUCAAGAUGAUAUUUUAUUUAACACAGAUGAUUCAUCUUCUGAUGAUGACAGUGAUUUUAGUGCUUAACAUGAUUUAUUUCAUAUUAUGGGCAAAAUAUGCAUUAUGCUAUUUACAGGGAAAGUAUAGGAUUCAAUCUGUCUUAUCCAUCUCCAUUAAGUGGAGGUUGGAUAUUUUUUUCUAUUUUUUUUUCAUUCCUGUGAAAUUCCCUCUUUUAUCCAUCUUCACUUUGUGAUGAUUGGAUAUGAUAUGCAAUAAAAUAUUAUAUAUUUGUACUCAAAUAUUCCUUGUCACUAAUCCACUAUGUGUAUGAUGCUUACAUGUAUGUCCUCACUUCAACUUGUAGGUUUUCUCAUCUUAAUACAUAGAUAUGCCCUCGCUAUUUUCUACUAAACCUGUUAUGGUGUUGUGUAAGAUACUAAUGUCCUCACUUCAACUUGUAGGUUUUGCCAUCUUUUACUUAAAUAUGCCCUCAUAUUCAUCUUCUAAACCUGUUAUGGUGUUGUGUAAGAUGCUAAUGUCCUCACUUCAACAUGUAGGUUUUCUCAUCUCAUUACUUAAAUAUGCCCUCUUACAUCUACUAAACCUGUUAUGUUGUUGUGUAAGAUACUAAUGUCCUCACUUCAACUUGUAGGUUUUGCCAUCUUUUACUUAAAUAUGCCCUCAUAUUCAUCUUCUAAACCUGUUAUGUUGUUGUGUAAGAUGCUAAUGUCCUCACAUCAACUUGUAGGUUUUGCCAUCUUUU